CUCUAGCAGUCGUAGACAAUAAAAUUUAUAGAUAGAAAAUGAUGUUGUCAAAACCACCUGAAAGAUAGUGAAAUUCGGAUUAAUUUUAAAUUUAGAUCACGCUACGGAGAAGUGAAAUGUGCUAGUGGAUAAGAUAAGAUGGCCCUGGGCAGAACGUCCUCCUUGGGCGCCCUUUUCACCUGCGUUUCCCCCGCCCCUAGCGUCCUUCGGAGAGCCACAUCUACGAAAACAAAAACAAACGGGCAAACAGAUGUUUCUUUGCUGUUAUGCAACGUUGCGAAAUUGGCGCAAAAUUCAAUGACGCUGGGAACUGUUAGGCACUUUCACAAUUCGACAGCGGGAAACUCAAGAUAUUCGGCCAGCACCAUCAUGACAUCGUACCACAAAGAGCUGCUCCUAAAGGACUACGAUAUAGUAGGUUUUGAUCUGGAUGGGACUCUCCUGCGCUACAAUCUCCGAGAGAUGUCUGCGCUGAUCUAUCAGGUCCUCAAGCUGUUCCUGGUGGAGCAAAAAGGCUAUGGAAAGGAGCUGCUGGAUGUGCCUCUCAAUGUUGACUUUCUGCAGAAAGGUUUGUUUCUGGAUGGACCUCGUGGUAAUGUCCUGAAGCUGAGCAACGAGGCAAAGAUCCUGCGCGCCACCCACGGCACUCGUCUCCUAAACGACGAGGAAAUCCAGGGUAUUUAUGGACCGGAGCGAAAAUGGGACAUCACUACCGCCUUCUUCAAGGAUCCCCUCUCCACUUGGAAUGGCGCUGCUUCCACUCAAAUGCGCUCCCUACUAGACUACUUCGAUAUGCCCAGUGCUUUAGUCUUUGCGCAGUCAGUGGAUCAGGUGGACAGAGAGAAGAAGCCAACGCCAGGGGAGGAAUACCAGGUCUGGCAAGAUGUGCAGGCGGGCCUGAUGCACAUCUUCAGCCGGGACCACUUUGCCAACGACAAAAGUCCGUAUUUCAAGAGCAUGCGAGCGGAACCCGCCAGAUAUGUACUCCAAACGGACUCCAGCGUGAUGAACUGGCUGGUCGAUCUGCGAAAAUCCGGAAAGCAACUGUUCCUGCUAACCGGCUCCAAUGUGGACUUUGCAAAUUUAACGGCCACACAGGCACUGGGCAAGGAUUGGCGGAAGUACUUCGAUUUUGUUGUAACCUACGCUAAGAAACCCGGUUUCUUUACCAUACAGCGACCUUUCAUGCAGGUGGAUAUGGGUAAACUAGAGGAGCUGCCUCAAGAGACGGAGGAAAUAAAGGCGGGUGAGGUCUACUCUCAAGGCAACUGGCAUCAAUUGCACGAGGCCAUGGCUAGGAUGCUCCAAAAGAAGCCAUCUGAAGCCAAGGCACUGUAUUUCGGUGACAACAUAGUCCAGGAUGUUUAUACACCGGUCAAACACCGCGACUUUGAUGCAGUGGCCAUAGCUGAGGAACUGCUCCUGGAGGAUGGUAAGUAUCCUUAUGCCGCUGAGUUGGAUUCCCAGCUGUGGGGCUCCUAUUUCGCCCUGGACUGCACGCCAACUCUGUGGGCUAGUUUUAUCAGCAGCUACGCUCAGUUGUGUGUGCCGUCGGUGGAGCAAGUGGCGCAGACUUCGCCAGAUAAACGAAUUAUCUGCUCUAAUCCGUAUGGCUUCAGUCCUCGGCUGCCCAAGGAACUGGAAACGGUGCAGAUCAAGGGCUGCUGGCGGGGAUGAGUGCAGCGUUAUCAUCUUUCUGGAGACAAUAAACGACCUGCGACCCUGAGGCGCAUUUAAUCCGAUAACGCUUAUUUCAGCUGGAACCUCUUCAAAAUUCUUACGUACAAUAACAAUAAAUAAUGCGAUCUUCUGAACUAUUCAAUUAGCGUCUACAGUGCAUGCCAUAGCUAUAAGAAUUCUUUAACACUCAACUAGAUUAACAAUGCAAAAUUCUUGGUGUUAACACAUCCAAUUUCAAGGAUUAUUUUAAUAAAUCAAUAUUGGUAUAGCCCGUAGUAAACUCAAUACUUUUGGACAUUAUUCAAUUUCACAGUAUUUGUUUUCAAUCCUUAUCUUAUUUCGGUUUACGAUUUUGAGGUCUUAUUCCGAAGUCCAAACAAGACCCGAUAAAAGUAUUGCACAAAUAUUUGAUUAUUAAGUUACUUCAAUUAAUUAAACAACAUUCUAUUGCAAUGGUUAAGAAAAUAAGUAGUUUACUUAAAAAAGAAUUAUGCAGUUUAAUAUACCUAUGUUAGCCCAAUUUAUUCCAUAAGUUCUUUUUUCAAAACACUAUUAGAUACAAAUUUUUCAAUUAUACAUACGAAUUUUGUCAUGAUGCCAAGCCUUAAUUUAAUUGCCUUAUUUGAAUAAUAAUUUAAGGACUUACACGUUGUGAACCGCACUGUCGAAGUACAGUAUAACGCUAAUUUUGCAUUUGUAUUUACAUAUGUACCAACAGAAACGAAAAGCAAAUAAAACGGGUUGUGCAUCAUCAUAA